AUGGAUCUAAUGAUGUUGGAGGACAUGGGCAGUGGCUGUGAAGAUGAUAACUGUGGCCUAGCGUCAGGUUUUCUGGAGGACUGUCCCAACCAAAAUUGUGAUUGGAAUCAACCUGUCUUUGGAUUCACAGCGCUAGUGUGCGUGACUAUCAUCUACAUUCCCGUGCUGCUCCUUGGUCUUCUGGGAAACGUCCUAACAAUUCUAGUGGUUUGGCUACGACCGCACAUGAGAAGUUCUACCUACUUGUACCUGAGUAGCAUGGCUGUUAGCGAUCUGAUGAUUCUCCUACUCCUACCUCUGGAUCUCUAUAAGCUAUGGAGACCCAGACCCUGGCUCUUUGGAGACCUUGCCUGUAAGAUGACCAUGUUUCUCUCCGAGUGUUGCACCUUCUGCACCAUCCUCCACAUCACCUUCCUGUCUUUGGAGAGAUAUGUGGCAGUCUGCUGGCCAAUUAUAGCAAAGACCUUGGUGACACGUCGCAGAACCAAAGCUCUGAUUGGCUGCCUGUGGCUGGGUGCAGCAGUCAGUGCAGCACCUGUGUUGGUGAUGGUUGGCGUUGAGGAAGUUGGGCAAGAAGAUCUCAGGGUUAAUGGCUGGAGGGAGAAUGGAAGGUGGAUGGGCGAGGAUGGACAAGCCGUGGGCUUUGCAAUGGAUGGAGAUGAAGAAACCCAUCAUUCAUUUGAAGGAGAACUAGAUGAUCUAAAAUGGGGAGAAGAAGCAAGACAGUUGAAGUUGUUUAAGGAGGAAGAAUCUGGAAUGGAAGUAAGAGACGAGCAAAACAAAACACGUGAAAUCAUAAACAAAAAACAAGAGGACGUAAAGGAAGUUUACGGAGAUCAGCAAAAGAAGAGAAAAGCAGAUGAAGGAGGAGGAGGAUGGGAAGCCAAUGCUGCACACCGGACGUGGAUUGAUAGAAGAGAGUGUCGUUGCACUCAGUACGCCAUUUCCUCUGGCCUACUUUCAGCCAUGAUGAUUCUAUCCAACCUCUACUUUCUGGUUCCGGUCUGCAUUCUCGGCCUGGUUUACGGGUUGAUUGGAAGAACACUUUGGCUCCGCCCCCAGAGCAGCCGCAGAGACCAAAGUCAUCGUCAUACCGUCAAAAUGCUCGGAGUGAUCGUGAUGGCGUUUGUCCUGUGCUGGCUACCUUUUCACGUUGAUCGGACCAUCUUUGUUUUCUCUCUGGGCACCGGCAUGGACCAGCCGACUGUCAACACCGACGAAUCCAUCAACAAUCUUCAGAAUGGCAAGUUUGGAAAACACAACGGCCUCAGGCUAAGGACAAUUGAUUGGAUUGGAUUUGUAAACCAGGCUCUUCCUGACAUGAGUUGA